AUGCAAAGCACAGAUCUCUUACAAACAGAAGAUGGCAAAACUUCUUCAUCUCCAGUCUUAAACACUCUCGUCCAAUCUCUCACCAGCGCCCUCAAAUCAUCUCCCACAAAAACUCGUUCAAUUGUUUCAAAAAACACUCAGCUCCUCAAUAAAGAAAUAAGUGACUUAAAAUCCUUAAUAGCAGAUCUUACCAAUGAAAACAUGCAACUCAAUCAAAAAAUUCAAUUUUUAACGUCUGAAAACGCGAUGAUCAAAAAAAUGAACGCAGAAGCAGUUUUGCAUUUCCAAGAAAAUGCAUCGACAAUGAUGAAAAAAAUGCGUGAAGAUAAAAGAAAAUCGCCAAAUACAUAUCAAAUUGAAGAGCAGGUAGAUGAUAAAAUUAAAUACUUGGAUGAUCUUAAUGAAAAAGUAAAAACCAGUGUUAAAGACUUAGAAGAUGCCAAUCAAAAAAGAUUAAAAUGUCAUGAAAGUGAUUUAUUAAGAAUUUUUAACGCCAGACUUGAUAAAGCUUAUCAAGAAUUUGAACAAGUUAAGCAGUCAAAAGACAAGGAUAUUGAGCUUCUUUCAAAAUCUGGCCCUUGAAGACAAAUAGAAGAACUCCAAGGAACUGUAGGGAGAAUAGAAGAUUUUAAUAGACAACUGAUUGAUGAAAACAAAGAGCUUAAAUCAAAAAUAAAAGACCUGACUUCUGACUUAGAAACAGCCAACGUUCAAAUUAGAAAAUUAAAAAUCACUAUAAUGAAAUAUCAAAAAAAACAUACUGAAAGUUUAGAUAGCAGCCCAAAUUCAAUGCUGACUAAAUCUCAAUUAACAAUUAAUACUGCAAGAUUAAGGUCAAACUCUUCAGUAAUUACUGAUCCACUAAUACAAACUAUCCAUUCUGAAUUAAAAUCUGCACAAAGUCAAGUAAUUCUCCUCAAAUCAGAGCUGGAAAAAAUUAAUUCAAGGAGAACUGAGCUGGAGCAGAUUCUUGAAGAAUGUCUCAAUGACGUUACAAAAGAUGUAGAAAAUCUGCAAGCUAGAAAAGGAAAAUGGCCUGUUUUAACACAAACAGAAAGAGAGCAGCUUAUUGGUAUGCUAAUUUCAAAAUCCAGGGUUAUUGAGCUGAUUCGAGAAAAAUCAUUCCCAAAGCUGAGUUUGGGGCUUUCUCCUCAGAAGUGGAAUUCAAAUCCUAAAAGUGGAAGCCAGUCAAGCCGAGACUUUUAUAAAGAGGUGCUGCCAAAUUUAGAUAGAAAAGUCCAUGAUUUAGGCUCAAAGCUGAUGUCAACUUAA